AUGCGCAGCCAAUUCACAACUACGAGCGCGCUUUUUGUCUUCGAUCUCCUCGCGGGGGUCACGGCUCUCCCAGGAUGGCCGGGAGGCGGGACGUUGGUUAAUGGUAACGCCGUACAAUUCGACCGGGAAACAUGGGAACGGAAUCUUGCACAACCAAAUGCAACCGGAACUUUCUCGGUGAUUGGAUAUGACAUAUCCCAGAAGUGGCCGAGUUCACAGGUCGAUGGUUGGACAUUGUCCGUGAACGUCAGCAGCGAUGUACCUGAUUCUCAGACGCUCAAUCCAAACAACGCCACCGGUAAGACGUUCACUGGUACCAGCAUCUUCCUCAAGGCUCCGGAUAGCAUUCAAUCAGCUUUCACAAACCAAUCGGCCUUAGAUGAAACCACUUGGAAGAUAUGUGUAGCAGUGAUCCCCAAUGCUCCACAGGAGGAUUCGUCGACUAAGGAUAACGGAACGUGCGGAUACCUUUCGUCGCAAUGCAUCACGGACUUACAGCAGGCUUAUGCGAAGAAGUUCCCCGGGAGCGAGGAUUGCUAUGGAACUCCGCCAUCAACACCAUCGAGUUGUGGAAGUUCGGUCAACACCGCUAAUUUCCAAGUGCAACAACUUCCUCUUAACUCCGUCAAUGGAACGGAAGUAUAUGUCACAGCUUCGGACAGUCAUGAUGCUGGGGACCAAACGGCUUGGAAUAACGCCAUCAAGCAAGCCUGGCCAGUGUUGACGCUUUGGGGAUACAACACGCGCGCUAAAGCCCCAGAUGGCACUUUGCCACAAGUUCAGCUCUCGUGUAUUCGGGCAGAUAAUGUUGCCGCCGGGAGUGAAAAACCCUCUUCAGGAUCUAGGUAUUACGGUUCGGCAAUGUUUGCUAUUGGUGUCACUAGUUUCGUCGCAUUAUAUGGUUCAUUUUAA